UGAGUAUCGCGUUGGUAAUUUGGUUGCAUUGAGACAUUGUGUAUGUGUAACAAUUUUCGAGGUUUUGCUUCAAAAAUGACAUUGGACCGCUCUUGUAGGAGAUAGCAUGCCCAAUUUGGGCGUAAAAUUUCCGGAAAAGUUCAACAUGGCCUUGGAUGAACAGCAGAAAUUACUUAACACGGGCGGUCGUUCUCAGCUGUCAGUUAGCAUAGUGGAAGUUGGAGGAACACCGUCUCCAAGUCCCUUGUCAGACCGAAGUAGUCAACAACUUCUCCAAACUCCUCUAGAGUCGGUGCCAACAACGACAUGUUGCCAGGGUAUAAAUCCUACCGCAUUGUUACUAGAAAGUCCUCCAAAAUGGGGCGAAGCGGCUCGGUACGCAUCGAAGCAACAUCGAAAAAUAGCUGGAAGGGCCACUUUUCAAGGGCAGGUGUACAAUUUUCUCGAGAGGCCUGAUAACUGGAAGUGUUUCGUUUAUCACAUCAUCGUGUAA